UGCACUUUUGCCAAAGUGUGUGCUCCCCGCUUGACGGCUCUCAGGCCUCCUCUCUGUCGGAACUAUCCAGAAACGGUUUACCAUCAUGGUUCCCAUUCAUGAGGUCGGCAUCGCUGAGAAUUUACUUGUAGCGCCGCGUCAUGGUAAGAAGCAGCAGUAGGAGAACGGCAAUACAAUGCCACGACAUCUGUCGCAGGUUCCUGUCUUGACAGGAGACGAUGCUGACCUGUUCUUGCGUUGCUGCGUGCGUAUGCGCUAUCGCAUGAAUUUUCGCAGGUGGUGAUUUUUCAGUGCCGAAACGAGAGAAGUCCGAGGUGUGCGCCGGUCGGCGUGUUCGCACUCGUGGAGCGACAACGCAAGUCCGGAGGCGCCCCGGUCGAGGGGCGUAGCCCGAAAUCGAAGGAGAAAAAGGGGCCUCGUGGUUGACCACGCGCAGCUUAUAUCUCGCGUCGGAUUUCGUGCUAUCCCGUGAGAAGAUUACGAGAGCGUGCACGUAAGAAGAGUCGCAAGAGGAAAAGAGAGGAAGGGGGGGAGAAGGAGUAGGAAAGGGCAAGUUGGAGAUCAUUUUGACAAGCGGGCCACCUUAAUACUGUAACACCACGUAUACGAUGUCGAGUCGCCUCGAGUCGAAUUCGUUGGCAGCGCCUCGAUUUUGAAAAUUCGAUUGAAGUGCACGCGAAGGGCCGUACGACAUUCUGAUCUUAUCAUCGUUCCAGCGAGAAUCACUGCCAAUGUGCAAUUCGGCAGAUACUUCCUACGUACAAAAAUUAGGCUAUUUGCACCUUCGAGAUGAUACCGCGGAUGCUGGUGGUACGACCAGGGUCUCAGGUUCCAGGCCCGAGGCUCAGGUGCCUGUAUCGAGAAGUGCAAUUAACAGAAAUGACGCUAAAGCGCCUGGCAGGCCGGUUGGCGCUAUCGAGAGCUUCAUCGAAGGCAAUUCUUCGGAUAUUUCUAGACAAGCGGCCGCCAUUGAGUAUAAAUUAUAUGAACGUGAAAACAUAAUAGCUGCUUCACGAUUUGCCACGCCGAAGCCAGUGGAGCAGAUCAGUGCGCAGCAACAGCAGCAGCAACAACAGAAUCAGACUCGUUCAAGUCAACAGGCUCCUGUCUAUGAAAAUAUAGAUUACUAUCCGCAACAGAAUCAGCCGCAUCCUCCUUAUUACCACACGAUAGAAUCUAGGAAAAGUCCCAAAGGUAGUCCCAGAGGUUCUCUAGUUGGUGAUUCCUAUGAAGGAAAUUACAGGAAGGCUCAGCCGCAGGUGCCAACUGGCAAUCGGUAUCAAAGUGCGUCACCAGCGAAGGAAUUGCCGCCAUACGAGGCGCCACCAGUGUACGAGAACAUACAGGAGGUGCACUUCUCCGAGAGCAUGCAGAAUAAGCCGGGGCCUCAGGUCCCGCCCAAUUAUUAUCAUCCGGCGAACAUCAACGGCGGUGAUUACGUUGUUAUGACUGGAAAAGUGGGACAAUCUCAGAACCAACGUGGAAUGACACAAAGUUUAUCAUACACCCAGCAAAGAAGCGGAAGUAUACGUGGUCAGAGUUACGAUGGCUCAAAUUUACAACGAUCAAUCGACUCGUCCACUACCAAGUACUUACAGAAUUCAUCCUCCGCUUCCGCGGACCAUCAGUCUGGAAGAAGCGCUUAUGUGCCCCCCUCGGAAUUGCAACCACCAAAUAGGAACUUUAAUUAUAAUGCCGAUCAGCAGCAACAGCAAUCUCCGAGAACUGGAUUGCCGUACCAUAGUGAAUCCCCUCCGAUACGCUUGCCGCCAGAACCUCAUCAUUAUCGCGGUUCGUUGGAAAAUGCUAUGAGUGGACAGCAAGGAUUUCGUACUACAAAUCAGAUUGACAAUAAUCAACCUCCUCCCCAGUUUCGACAGGACAAUCCGCAGAAUUACAAGCAAUACGUUGAAACUUCUUCGAGGAUCGCAAAUGCAAAUUUCACAGGAGACUCGCAGGCCAGAAAUUCUCCAGUAUACGGAAUUCGUUCAGGAGAACAGACAGCAUGUCGCAAUCCUCCGUGUUACUCUCCAAAUCGUGCGCUGCCGCAGAGUGACAGAAACUAUCAUCACCAAGAAAAUUUUCCCGCGAGAAAUUCGCCCGUUUACUCCUCAAAUCGUUCCACAGAGCAUUUGAGAUUAGGCACAUUGCAACAAAGUGACAGAAGCUACAUGUCGGAUGUAUCAGAUCUCCCGGCCGCAAGGAGUUCGUCUCUGUACUCACCAAGUCGAAGUGAUCCUGCCAGGGCCGUUAUUGCCAACAACAAUGCAGUGAGAGAAUCUCCCAAAACAAGCCCAACGCAUGGUCAGAUGCCAUUAGAUAUUGCUUCGCAGAAUAUCAUUCAUUCGCCCAGACAUGGACUGUCUCUUUCGUCGACCAAUUCUAUGGGGAGUCCUAUACGUGGACAAGUGCAGGCACCUGUUAAUAGCGCUUCAACUACAGUCAAUGAAAUUGACGCCACUGCUGGUCCCAGGAUUACUAGCCUCCCUCCUGGCGUUACUAGUGGAGUUGCAGGGCCAGUACUCUUGAACGCCGGUGUACCUAUGUUGCAAAGAUCUUCCGAUCCGGAAGCCGAAGAGAGAAAGUCUGUUAGCCCGCCGAUCAAGCCUACACCUGGGAAGGGAUUGUUACCCUACAAUGUCAUUUCUAGACCUUCGGGACCAACGGAAGCGGAAAGAAAGAUAGAGGAGUUAACGAGGCAACUCGAAGAGGAAAUGGAAAAGCAGGAGGAAGAGGGAGAAUACUUUGGUAUUUGCCAUACGUGCGGUGAGAAAGUAACCGGCGCCGGACAGGCUUGUCAAGCAAUGGGCAAUCUCUAUCAUACCAAUUGCUUCAUAUGCUGUUCCUGCGGAAGGGCUCUCCGCGGCAAGGCUUUCUACAAUGUCCACGGGAGAGUUUACUGCGAGGAGGACUACUUGUAUUCCGGUUUCCAACAGACAGCCGAGAAAUGCGCGAUUUGCGGCCACCUUAUCAUGGAAAUGAUAUUGCAAGCCAUGGGCAAAUCGUAUCACCCGGGCUGCUUCAGGUGUUGCGUGUGCAACGAAUGCCUCGAUGGCGUGCCCUUCACGGUCGACGUCGACAAUAAGAUCUAUUGUGUCAACGAUUACCACAGAAUGUUUGCACCCAAGUGCGCGUCUUGCGGCAAGGGAAUCACGCCAGUCGAGGGAACCGAGGAAACGGUCAGGGUAGUCUCGAUGGACAAAGACUUCCACGUUGAUUGCUACGUUUGCGAGGAUUGCGGCAUGCAAUUGACCGACGAGCCGGAUAAGCGGUGCUACCCACUUGAUGGCAGACUUAUGUGCCGUGCGUGUCACAUCCAACGCAUAUCGCAUACGCAACCGAGGGCACCGCAACCCGUGUCCGCUAGCUAUCAGUUUAUGGGCUAAGUGUAAUGACAUUUAAGCUUCCGUCGGAGUUCCCCCAACUGCGCACCUAACGAUCAUCCGAUAAUGAGUAUUAUGAAAAUCAAUCAAGUAAAGCGAACGAAUCGUUAACAUUCCUGAAUUUUAUAGAAUCAGGACGUGCGUACGUGCACACUUACACCAAGUCCUAGUCUUCAGCAUGGGUUUUCUCGGGAAAAGUGUAUUAGGAAACGGGGAGGGGCGACAAUGUGAUAUCGAUUAGUGUCUUUUGAUUUUAUCUGGAUAAGAAUUUCCAGUUUUAAUCUUGCGACAAUGCACCAGAGAGAGAGAGCUAAAACUUACUAGCUUUGCAACACCGAUAUGUUCCCUUACAGAAAGGAAACGAAAUAAUCACUGAAAUUACUGUACACCAGUUAUUUCUAAUGAUUCAAUUAUGCUGUACAGUAAUUUUCGUGUAAUUAUUUCAUUGUUUUUCUGUAAGGGUUGAUACGAUCUGCUAUCGCUUCAGUGCAACUUUCCUCGAAUACUCCCAGACAGUUGAAAUCUAUUAAAACUACAUUCUGUAAAAUGUCUGCUACUAAAUUUUGUCGGCAGAAAAAUUACGAAUUGGGUGUAAGAUCUGGCUAGAUGCUGUUGGCAGAAUGCUCAUAGAAAUAUGUUAAAGCUCAUUAAAAUGUGAUGAUAGAUUACUGGUGGAGAUCAAGUAAACUUACUACACAAUUUGGUGCUAAUCGGCGGCAGAAAUAGAGCGAUGUCUCAUAAAAGAACGGGAUAGUCGCGACAAAUACGCCUUAAGCAUAUGUACGAAUCGCACUUUGCGAAUUAUUCAUUCGCAUUUGAAUGAAAAUUACUGGUAAAAAUCAACUUACUACACAGUUUGGUGGUAAUCGGCGAUAGAAAUAGAGCGAAGUUUCAUAAAAGAACGGGAUAUUCGCAACAAAUACGCCUUACGCAUAUGUAGGGAUCGCACUUUGCGAAUUAUUCAUUCGCAUUUGAAUGAAAAUUAAUUGUCGCUCCGGCCAUACAUUUUUAAAUUACCUAUUACACAAGAUUCUUGCUGUAAUAGCUGUCACUGUUAAUGUAUUGCGAUAUAUGCACUAGUAUAAUUACUAAUGUAUCUUGUGAGAACAAAUUAUUGAAUCGAUACAUGACAAAAGCGGCUGUUAAUUAAUGUAAAAAUAAUAACCAGUUGUCGCGUAUUAGAUACGCUUUUUAUCGCGAAGAAAUGGAAUUUUAAUUAGUUUGACCUUAGAAAUAUGAAUUUGAUACAAUUAUGUAAGACUGGUAUUAGGAAAGUGAAAUCAUUGUGUUGCCUUCUGGCUUCUGGAAUCAAUUUGACGUAUCAGUGCACGUAGCAUGAUUGAGUACAAGUUCUUCUUUUAAUCGAAGAUAAUCGACAAGUUGUAAACAGACAGGCAGGAAUGCCUGGACAUUUCCAUGAUUAUAGAAUACAUCAGAGAAAUGUCCAGGCAUUCCUGCCUGUCUGUGUACAUUUAAUAUAUGCGAUU